UCUGCUAUCUAUUCAUCCACAUUUAUAUGUAUUUAUUAUUCACACUGUUGAGCUCUGCACAUCAUAUACUAAUUACAAAUUACCUGCAAAAUAAGUGCAACUUUUCCUUCUCUUAUUUCUGUCGUUGAAUAAAAUUAUGGUGGGAUACAAGCUAACAUAUUGGGAUUUGGAAGGGAGGGGCGAGCCAAUCAGAAUGCUAUUUGCAGCAGCGAACGUGAAAUUUAUCGAUAAUCGUAUUUCAAAAGAAUCUUGGCCGGAAUUGAAGGAGAGAAUGCCGUGGGGGCAGAUACCUAUACUGGAAUUUGAUGGCAAAGUAAUUGCCCAAUCGUUGACAAUCUGUCGAUAUCUUGCUCAAAAAUAUAACUUUGCUGGAAGGGACCCAUGGGAAUCUGCAAAAUGUGACGAGUAUGUCGAUGCACUAACUGAUCUAGUCGGAGGGAUGAAGGGCAUCGUACAUGCUGAAAACGAUCAAGUCCGAGCUACAAGAAAGGCAAAAUUUUUACAAGAAACCAUGUCUGGAUGUCUCGGUAAAUUUGAAGAAUUGAUGGCAAGUCAAGUGGAUUCCUCAUUUCUUGUGGGUGGGAAACUCUCAUGGGCCGACAUUGUGUUGGUGGUAAUGUUGGAACGAUUAGAAACUCCGUCCUACGCUGGACCCUCGUUGCUGGAUACUUACCCAAACUUGAAAAUGAUUAGAAUUGCAGUCUAUAACUAUCCGGGUAUUCAAGAAUGGGUAGAAAAUAGACGAAAAAAGUAGUCAGUAGUCUAAUCGCAUUUAGAUUGAAGAAGAUUUAUUUAGUGUGAUAUUCUGUCUGAAUAAUAAAAUAUAUACUGCAAAUUUGCAUACACAUUAA